AGAAAAGAAAAUUGUAAAUGAGCUAAGCAGCCAUAGAAAAAUGGCGACCAUGCUGCCGCUGCUACUGCCGCCGUCGCCGCCGCGCGCCUUGUCGCCGCGGUGCUCGCUCCAGCCCCGCGCGCGCCACCACCUGCUCGACGGGGAGGCCAGCCCGAGGCGUGGCGCCCCGGCGGUCGGCGCGAACGCGGCGGCCUACGCGCGGGAGAUCGGCGCCUGCGUGCGCGCGCGGCGGUGGGGCGCGGCGUGCGAGGCGUUCGCGGCGAUGCGCGCCGCGGGGGCCGCGCCCGACAGGUUCCUCCUCCCGCAGGUGCUCCGCGCCUGCGCGGGGGCGCGGGAGGGGCGCCUGGCCGCCGCGGCGCACGCGCUCGCCGCCAAGGGCGGCCCCGCGUUCGCGGGCGACGCCGUCGUCGGGAACGCGCUCGUCGCCAUGUACGCCGCGCUCGGGGACGUCGCCGCCGCGCGCGCGGCGUUCGCGGGCCUCCCCGAGCGCGACGUGGUGGCGUGGACCGCCCUCGUCGGCGCGUACGCCGACGCCGGGGAGCUGGGAGAGGCCUUCGAGCUGUUCGAGACGAUGCAAGAGAGCGGCGUUCGGCCGGAUGUGAUUUCGUGGAACACGCUGGUGUCCGGGUUCGCAAGGAAUGGUGACCUUCGAGCUGCGCUGCACCUGUUUGACGAAAUGAGGCUUAGAGGCGUCAAGCCAGGGGUCAAUUCUUGGAACUGCAUCAUCUCAGGCUGUGUGCAGAAUGCGAGGUAUGACGAGGCUUUGAACAUUUUUUGCGAGAUGUGCGAGAGCGAGAGUCCUGAUGCAGUGACUGUGGCUAGCAUACUCCCUGCUUGCACUGGCUUGAUGGCACUGGGCAUUGGAAAGCAGCUGCAUUCUUAUGUUAUACGAUGCGGAAUCAAGUUAAAUGUUUACAUUGGCUCUUCGUUGAUUGGAAUGUACUCCGAGUGUGGAGAAUUUGGUUAUGCGAGAAGCGUGUUUGCAGCCAUUGAGGAGAAGAAUGCCACUGUGUGGAAUGAAUUGAUUCGGUCAUAUAUCAAUGAGGAGAGGAUGAAUGAGGCUUGGGAGGCUUUUCGCUUGAUGAAGGAGAAUGGAUUGCAGCCUGAUACUAUCACAUAUAAUAGCUUCAUUGCUGCAUAUGCUAGAGCAGGUCAGAAAGAACAAGCAUAUACCCUGCUGUCAAACAUGGUUGAAAUUGGCUUGAAACCUAAUGUGGUAUCGAUGAAUGCGUUAAUAUCCGGUUUGCAUCACCAUGGCCGUCAUGCAGAUGCAUUGGAAGCUUUCCGAUACAUGCAGGUCUCGAGUGAUGGAGAAGCAAAAGGCUGGGCAUUACCUGGCAAUUCAAUUCAACCAAAUGGUACAACCAUUACUAGUGUCCUCUCCCUUUUGACAGAUCUCAGGUUAGAUCGUCUUGGGAAGGAAGUACACUGUUAUGCUUUUCGGAGUGGUUUGAUAUCAAACAUAUUUGUUUCUAGCAAACUGGUUGACCUUUAUGGUAAGACUGGUGAUGUGGGCACCGCUGAUAAAGUCUUCCGGAGAAUCAGUAACAAGAAUGUUGUCACAUGGAACAGUAUACUAGCAUCCUACAGGCAAAAUAGGAAGCCAGAAAUUGCUUUGAAACUGUUCCAUGAAAUGAUCAAAUCCAAUUUACUUCCCAACUUAGUUACAUUACAGAUUGCUCUUUUGUCUUCUGGUAUGACUAUGGCAUUGCAGCAUGGGAGAGAAUUGCAUGGUUACAUUAGGAAGAACUGGCCAGAUGGUUAUCCAACUGCUCUUGCAAGUGCUUUGAUUGAUAUGUACGGGAAAUGUGGUAAGAUUGAGGAUGCUAGAUUGGUUUUCGAAUGCACUGAUGAAAAGGACAUAGCAACAUGGAAUGCAAUAAUGAGUGCAUACUUGCUACAUAGGAUACCUGGAGAGGUUAAAAAAUUGUUCAAGUAUAUUGAACAAUCUGGAAUUCAACCAGAUCCUGUGACUUUCAUUAUACUUCUUUCAGCUUGUAAGCAAGAAGGUUCCAUGGAGGAAGCUCGCAGAUAUUUCUACAGUAUGGAAGAUGUAUACGGCAUACAACCAACCUUAAAACACUAUACCUGCAUGGUUGACAUCAUGGGAAUGGCUGGCUUACUGGAGGAGUCACUAGAACUUAUCCAGAAGAUGCAACUUGAACCAGAUGGAUGCCUAUGGUCUAUCCUUCUGAAAGCUUGUAAGCUGCACUCAAAUCUGGAGAUCGGUGAGAAGGCUGCGAAAGCGCUUUUUGAGCUUGAGCCAAACAAUACUUCAAAUUACAUGUCGCUGUCCAAUAUAUAUGCCGACAAUGGCUUGUGGGAGUCCACUGAGGCUUUGAGGGUUGCCAUGACAGAACAGGGGUUAAAUGUAGAGAGACAAUGUAGCCGCUUGUAUCUUGGUACAGAUGUACACACAUUUGAGGCUGGAGAUUCCUCGCAUCCUGCAUUCGAAAAGAUUUUGAGUACAUGGAAUGACUUAUCUGAUAGGAUGGAACAGUCAGGGUAUCCUCCUCAGGAUAUUGAGCCCUAUUCUAAUGCCGAAGCUGAUCCAUUGUCAUGCCAACACACCGAGAGGAUUGCAUUAUGUUACGGGCUAAUUUCCGUGCGUGUUCAUGAUCUGAUCCGUAUCUCAAAGAAUUUUAGGAUGUGCAUGGAAUGCCAUUCAUCAAUCAAGUUCAUCUCGAGGGAUAUGAACCGGGAAAUAUUUGUUUCAGAUGGUUGCACCUAUCACCAUUUUCAGAAUGGAGCAUGCAGCUGUGGAGAUAUGUGGUAAAUUGAAGUCAGUUUGACACAAAAGUACUCUUCUUGUAUGGUCAAAACUGCAUUUAUCUACCCAAAUAUUGCCGGGCCGGCCAAGAAAUGCCAACCAAAUUUACUUAAGAUUGAAGAAUAUAUACAAAUAUACAAAGUUAUAACUUCAACAAGAAGCUGUCGAAGUAAUGGAAGUUGUCACCGGAGCAACUUACCAAAAGCAAAAGAUUACACUAAGAGACUACUCUCCUAUAUUUCUGAAAACCCCAGCUUCCUUCCAAAUCGUCACUUCCUCUUUGAUUGAACCAAACAGGAAACCGGCUGAGCGCCGCUGGUUCUGAAACACACGCGCAUUUCUUUUCUUCCAAACCAUCCAACAAACAAGCAGCACAAGGCUGUCAAUGGCGUCCUUGUAGUUGUUCCGAAAAUUUUGCCGCAUCGCUAACCACCAUUCGCCAACCAAUAUAUACUAUCUUAUGAGUCCAAGCCUGACUCAGAUGGCAGCAGGAAGCCAACCCCAAAUAUCUUAUGAUGGUUACAAGAGACUGUACAGCAACCAAGUUAAGUUCUUUCCCAUAACCUUCUUGAAGCACUCCAUGAUCUCUUAUAUAUACCAUGAUCGAUGUGCUUCAUGGGAAACUGGGAGCUCUGAGUUCUUGCAAAGAUCAGAUGGAGAAGGUGCACCUCUGGUCAGAAUUAAUCGGAAGAAAAGGUUGGUCUGGAUGUGGCAGCUUGUGCUGACGCCAUUUCAAGAAAAGUGAUAUGAAUUAUGCACAUAUCCUAUAAAACAUGCGCAUGGAUUAUACGUGGAUAUGGUGAGAUCAGUAAUGCUCUUCAGCUAAUGAUUUUCAGGCAGCUGGUAACCCCGGGUAUGAUUACAGGUAACCUAACCUCGUGAUUGUCAUGUAUGCAUCUGUGUCUGAUAUACGGUUGUACUUCAACUUCAACAUUCUAAAGUAUACUUCAUCAUUAACAUGUUUUUUUUUUGGGGGGGGGGGGGGGGGGGUUACAAAACCAUCCUCUACCAAAGUAGCAAUGAACAAAUGAAAUUCUUAUCAUGUCUCAGCUCCUAUGUUUUGCUUUCUACCUGGUACUGUACAAUUGUUUGCUAAUAGGCAGUAAGCAGAGCAGAUGAGAGAAAAAGAAAAUGUAAUGUUGAAACCAA